AAAAAAAGCUAGUGAUAAAUAAUUAUUGUGUUUUUCCAUUAUUUUUAAUUAAUAUGGGUACAGAAGUAGCUGUGUCGUUUAGUACUUUGCGUGCUCAACUAGAAAAUGAAAAGAGUAGUUUGUUUAAAAUAGAUGAAAAUAUUAAAAAAAUUGUGCAAACUACCGUAAGAUUCAAUGAUAGAUUUAACUCUGCUGGCGACUAUACUAGAGGAAACAAUCGUACAGGAAGCAGAAAUGCUUUUCCAGACGGAGGAAGUAAUUCAAAAAACGAUGAACAGUAUAAUAAGCGUAAACAUGAGACCAAAACAGUGUUUAGCAGGUUAUCCGCUCGGGUCCAUGAUAGUGAUGGUGAGGAUGAAGGCCCUGGCACUAAGAAGGCGCGUGUACCUUCAGCAGUAUGUAGAGAGCUGCCCACUAGAGCCGAUGUACUGCGAGCACAGGGUGAUGAUGAACAGGCAAGGACACGCAACAGACGCAUAUUUGGUUCACUCUUGGGAACACUACAGAAAUUCAAACAGGAAGAAAUAGUGCUGCAAACAAAGGAAGAAAAGAAAGCCCAAGUGGAACGUAAAAUAGAAGAACAAGCCCGUCUAGAAAAAGAAAGAGAGCAGAAGGAAAGAAAGACACUAUUUGCUGAAAGAGAACACAAAAAGGCUACUAUUAAAGCCUUAGAAGCCAAAAUGGCGCGAGUUCAAGAGUUUGAGAAGUGGGAAGCGUCGCAGAAAAGCUUAGCUAACUUCAUACUGACAAAGACCAAACCACAUAUCUACUGGCUGCCUAAGAAAAUGUCUGAAAAAGCCACUGAGAAAUUAGAUUCCAGUAGGAAGUACCAUGAAAAGUGCAUGGUAAAGAAACGUCAAGAGCUGCAAGAAGAACUUCAACGAAUAGAGCACCGUUGUCUCAGAGCACGGGGUCCAGGUACCAAGGAGAAUGACCCUGACCACCACGAAGGUGAGGAGCAGAAAGAUGUAGAAAUGGUAAAUAAGGAUGAGAAGAAGAAACGAGACAAGUUUGCAGCAGAUGCUGAUGAGAAAGAAGAUAGUGAUGGUGAUGACAGACAUGAAGAGGACUCCAAAGUGGAACAGCCAGAGCCUCCAGAACAUAUGGAUGUAGAGAAUGGCAAAGAAGAAGCAAUUAAAGCAGAAACGACAAUAGAACAGAACACAAGUAUGGAAGCUGAGCCAGUCAAUGAAGCUAGCCAGAUAUCUAUGGAGACCACACUCAAUGAUACACAAGCCUCUGUUGACACUGAGAACCAUUCCUAACGGGGUUAUCACCCCCACAUCUGCACCGAGUUAUUUAAGGUGUCACCAAGUUUGAGAACAGUGCCGCUUACCCUGUAUUGCUGUGUGAUGUAUCUUUAGUGUGGGUGUGAAGAAUACUUUAGUAACAUUGAAAUUGAUAAAAUGAUGGCAAGUUCUACUAUCAUAACAAUGAUAUAGGAAUAAAUUGGUACAACUUCAUUAAAUAUUGUUCUGUAACUUGUUAUAUGUAAAAGCCUGG